AUGAGAGUGCUUCAAAAGCUGUUCUGCAAGCCCCGCCACGACGUUCAAGUUGGAUCUCAUCCCAUCACAAUUCGUUUACGAGUACUGGUCGUCCUUACAAGCCAAGAGAGCCCUGGUUCCAGCGAGAUGGCCGCAAUUCUUCCUCAAGAUCAAUCGCCUGAAUGGCUUGCACCAGAAAUAUGUUUCCUUGACCUAAGGGACAGGCACGAGCUGUCACCCGUAGCCGCCUUCGAGCCUUUACGCUGCAUGAUACUCGAGAAGCUAAAUCUGGCUCGGACCGAGCAGGACCAACAGGGAUCUUUGUUCUCUGCUGUCCAUCUCGCUGUUUUUUGA